AUGCCCGGCGUUGACCUGGCCUACGACGACCUGACCGAGAUCGACCUCACCUCCGCCGACCUGCACAAUGGUAACUUCACCGGCGCGGCCCUCCGCGACGCGCACCUGUCGCGCUGCAACCUGAGCCGCUCCAUCUUUACCGAUUCCCGAGCCGUGGGCGCCUUCUUCACCCGUUCUGAUCUGCGAGGAUGCAACCUCGACAAUGCCGACCUCCGUGGCGCCGAUCUCUCCAACUGCGACGCCGCCUUCGCCACCCUGGUCGGCGCUAACCUCGCCGGCGCCAAUCUCACCGAGAUUGACCUGACCAUGGCCGACCUGACCGACGCCAACCUGAGCGGCGCUCGCCUGAAUUCAGCCUGCCUCGAUGUCGCCAACCUUUCCGGGUGCGACCUGCGGCGCACCUCUCUGGUACGCACACGACUGGACCGCACGCUGCUGCAGGAUUGCAUCGUCGAUAUGACGCUGUUUGGCGACUGCGACUUGAGUUCGGCGUUAGCGCUCAAGUCGAUCCGGCACCAGGGCCCCAGCAUCGUGGGAGCUGAUACCCUGGCCCGCUCCGGGGAGUACCUUGCCGAAGAAUUUCUCCGGUCGGCUGGUGUUCCCGCCAACUUCAUUACCGGUCAAAAUUCUUUGCACAAAACUACGGUCUCCCACCGCCGUAUCCUGCUCAUUGGGUCUAUGGCGGAUUACACCAUCCUUGGCUGGCUUGAGGCUGAGUUGCGCACACGGGGACUGCAGUGCUGGAGCUUGCUGGCCGAUGAUGAAGAAACCAUUUACAACGCCCAGGUGUUUCCGCCCAUGAGCAGGUUCCGCAACUUCGAUCGCGUUGCGCUCCUGUGCUCCAGAGAGGCGCUGGAAAGCCCCGCCUGCUGGCGCCUGUACACCGACAUCAUGCAACGGCAAACGGCGUCCAACGCCCGCCGGGUAUACCUGGCCUCGCUCAGGAUGGACGACUGCCUCUACGACGACGAUGACGAUUUGCGCGGGUUCUUGCGUUACAGUCCCACCACCAUCCUGCGACCUCGCAAAGACCGGCGCGGCGGUUACCGACGUGAUGUUUCCGGCGUGAUGGACGUGCUCAACGCUGACCCACCGCCACUGGUGGAUACCGACCCGGAACCGGACUGA